AUGGAGAAGAAACUUUAUCAGUGUGAUGUCUGCGACAAGUCGUUCAGCCAAAGUAACAAUUUGACGACACACAAGCGGACGCACACUGGAGAAAAACCGUACGCGUGCGAUGUAUGCGAAAUGUCGUUCUCUGUAAGUUGUGUUUUGACGAGACAUCGACGCACGCAUGUUGGAGAAAAACCGUACACGUGCGAUGUAUGCGACAUGUCGUUCAGCCAAAGUAGCAAUUUGACGAGACACAAGCGGACGCACACUGGAGAAAAACCGUACGCGUGCGAUGUAUGCGACAUGUCGUUCUCCGAAAGUGGCGCUUUGACGAGACAUCGACGCACGCAUACUGGAGAAAAACCGUACGCGUGCGAUGUAUGUGAAAUGUCGUUCUCUAAAAGUGGCAAUUUGACAACACAUCGUCGCACGCACGCUGGAGAAAAACCGUACGCGUGCGAUGUAUGUGAAAUGUCGUUCUCUAAAAGUGACAAUUUGACGAGACAUCGACGCAAGCAUACUGGAGAAAAACCGUACGCGUGCGAUGUAUGUGAAAUGUCGUUCUCUGUAAGUUUUGCUUUGACGAGACAUCGACGCACGCACAUUGGAGAAAAACCGUACACGUGCGAUGUAUGCGACAUGUCGUUCAGCCAAUGUAGCAAUUUGACGAGACACAAGCGGACGCACACUGGAGAAAAACCGUACGCGUGCGAUGUACCUAUGCGAGAAGUCGUUCUCUGA